CCCAAUUUUGCUGAGCAGGAGAUCUCUGCACCCCAAUUUUGCUGAGCAAGAGGUCCUGCCCCCCAAUUUUGCCGAUUAGGAGGUCCCUCACCCCAAAUUGGCUGAGCAGAAGGUCCUGCACCUCAAUUUUGCUGAUCCAGAGGUUCCUCACCCCAAACUGGCUGAUCAGGAGGUUCCUGCAUCCCCAAAUUGGCUGAUCCAGGUCCCUGCACCUCAAUUUUGCUGAUCAGGAGGUCCCUGCAGCCCAAAUUGGCUGAUCCAGAGGUCCCUCACCUCAGUUUUGCUGAUCAGGGGGUCCCUCACCCCAAACUGGCUGAUCCAGAGGUCCCUGCACCCCAAUUUUGCUAAGCAGAAGGUCCCUCAGCCCAUCUCCGUGGCCAUGGACGAGUCCCCGCCGCUGGCAGCCCGGCCGGAGCCGCAGUUCCCCAACGCGUCGCUGAACGGCUCCUGGUCCAACCCGUUUGUGCAGCCGCCGUGGCAGGUGGCCCUGUGGGCCGCGGCCUACGCGCUCGUGGUGGUGGUGGCCGUGGUGGGCAACGCCGUGGUCAUGUGGAUCAUCCUGGCGCACAAGCGGAUGCGCACGGUCACCAACUACUUCCUGGUGAACCUGGCCUUCGCCGAGGCCUCCAUGGCCGCGCUCAACACCGUGGUCAACUUCAGCUACGCCGUGCACAACGAGUGGUACUUCGGGGCCGCCUACUGCCGCUUCCACAACUUCUUCCCCAUCGCCGCCGUCUUCGCCAGCAUCUACUCCAUGACGGCCAUCGCGCUGGACAGGUACAUGGCCAUCAUCCACCCGCUCCGGCCGCGCCUCUCAGCCGCGGCCACCAAGGCCGUGAUGGGGCUGAUCUGGCUGCUGGCGCUGCUGCUCGCCUUCCCCCAGGGAUAUUUCUCCGUCACCGCCGAGCUCCCGGGGCGCCUCGUCUGCCUCGUGGAGUGGCCGGAGCCCGGAGGAGCCGAGUCUGGGAAAGCGUACCACUUUUCCAUGACGGUGCUGCUGUACCUGCUGCCGCUGCUGGUGAUCGGCUGCGCCUACGCCGCCGUCGGCCGCACGCUCUGGGCCAGCGCCAUCCCCGGCGACUCCUCCGACCGCUACCACGAGCAGGUGUCGGCCAAGAGGAAGGUGGUGAAGAUGAUGAUCAUGGUGGUGUGCACCUUCGCGCUCUGCUGGCUGCCCUACCACGUCUACUUCACGCUGCAGUACCUGCGGCCCGAGUGGUACGUGCAGAGCUUCAUCCAGCAGGUCUACCUGGCCGUCAUGUGGCUGGCCAUGAGCUCCACCAUGUACAACCCCAUCAUCUACUGCUGCCUCAACGACAGGUUCCGGGUGGGAUUCAAGCACGCCUUCCGCUGGUGCCCGUGUGUGAGCGCCGGCGAGUACGAGGGGCUGGAGCUGCGCUCGGCGCGCUUCCUGCACACGCACAGCUCCGUGUCCAAGCUCAGCCGCAUGGACACCACCACCGUGGCCUCGGCGCUCGGCGCGGCCGACGAGGAGCUGGACGAGCCCAGCCGGGCCGAGCGGCUCUCCCUGGACAUGACCUCCAACGGCUCCUCCCGCAGCGACUCCAAGACGGUCUCCGAGAGCUUCAGCUUCUACUCCAACACCCUGACCUAGGGGCGUCCCCUCAGCGCCACCUCGGUGUCACCGCCCUGCUUGUGCCGUGCCGGCGUUUCUCGUGCUGUUUUCCCGUCUCUUUUCUUUGGGAUGAGUUCUGUUGUGGGGCUGGACAUCAGGAAUGUUUUCACUGCCUGGCUGGAGAUGGAGGGGAUGCAGGAACGGGACAGAGCCGGGUUUUCCUCAGAAUUCCAACGCUGGCCGGCGCUUCCGUGCCCUCUGCGAGGCAGGAGGGACCUCUCGGUGCAUCCCACCCCAUGGAAAACGACCCCAUCCUGCACCUCCCUCCUCCCAUCCUUAAUUUCAUUCUCCAUGCUGGAUAUGCAGGGGGAUCUUGAAUCCCAAAAUCCCAAAAAGGCUUUUUCCAGCAGCAUGGGGAAUCAUCAGCACUGCACAGAUUCUGGGAUUCAGACAGGUCUGUUUGGCACAAGAACCGCGGCUCCUUUGGAAGCUGCAGCCAAGGAUCCAGCGGCGCCUUUGGAAGCCGGAGCCAAGGAUCCAUCCGGGAGCCAUUCCCAUUGUUCGGAGCGUUUUUCUGGGAUUGCUGUGGAUACAAGGCCUGCCCCGCCCAUCCUUGCCUUUAUUGUUGUUUUUAUUUUCUGUCCCUCGAGGGCUCCUCAUGGCCGAGCGUUGCAGGAGGGAAGCGCAGGAUCCGCUGUUUGCGGAGCGUUCCCACAGGGAAUGAUGGGAUUUGGGUUUUUUGGGAUUUCCAUGUCCUUGUUGGAGCCCUGGUGUGAGGUCACAGAGCCCAGCCUGGGAGCUCCCAGGGUUUAUUUCCCAUUAAAAUCACCAUAAUCUGAAAAAAUUCCGAUUUUCAGCCUUCACGACCCACCAUGGGCCCUUCCAGCCUUCCCCAUUCCAGGAUUCUGGGAUUUUGGGACUUAUUCCUUUCCCAAACCCUGCCCCCAAAUCCUGUGUCCAGCUGAAAGAUGGACACAACCAUUCUAAUGCAAAGUUUAGCAUGGGAAUCCCCCUUUUCCUUGGAAUAUCCACCCCAAAUCCCAUUCCUGCUGGAAUAUCCACCCCAAAUCCCACCCCUGUGAAAUAUCCACCCCAAAUCCCAUCCCUGUGACUCUGACAUCCCUGGGGAAUUCGGGGUGGCAGCAGCUGGAAGGAACUUUCUGGAAGGUUCUUCGCCUGGAGCAUCCCAAGAGAGAGGGAACCCAACCGUCCUUCCCAAAGUGUCUCGGGAUUGUCCCAGCGUGGAUUUUCAUGGAUAAAUAUUCCUUUGUUGUGGAGAA